AUGGCCAAGGUAUACCAGCUCUCCCGUAAGCGCCCGCACAUCGUUCUGCCUCCGAACAAGAAACCCACGAAGUCGAGCCGUCCUCCAACGCCGUUCACUACGUUCACAGCGCUCCUCGACGCGGCCAAGUCGUGCGACACAAGCACAGAGUAUCCCGCCAAGUGCGACGCAGCUCCGGCGCCAGUCUCUUCCGUGACCAAGCGCCGCCUCCAGAACCGAGAGUCCUGCCGCAAGACGCGACUCAAGCGGAAACUCCAGCAACACGCCCAAGACGUGCUCGCUCGCGAGCGUCAGGCGCGUAACGAGUACCUUACGCAACUCGCAGACAAGCUUGGAGUGGAAACCCGCAGUAAGAGCCAAGAGGACGCCCGAGAUACGCUCUUCCGUGAGCUUGCUACGAAAAGCCUGCACUACGCCCUCGUGGACUCCGAAUACAGCGGAUGGCUUGACGACAGCAGCGAUGUGGCAAGCUCAAACGCUCCUGCAACCGCGGAGAUGGCCCAAGAGAGCGAGGGAGAAGCCCACUCGUCGACGAGAAAGUCCAAGCGACUUCGCCGUUCACGCGACAUCGACGUUGCCGCUGCAUCCCGAAGCGAGCCACUAACUCCACAAGCUUCGUUGCUCAGUCAAUGGCGUCUGCUUGUCGACGGACUGCAGAAUGUGGUCCUGAAGCCGGAAAGGAUUGAGGAACGAGACCUCGGAGCUGGUGUUAUCGAGCAGCUCUGUCAGUGGCGAUUCGUUGGUGUGAACUCCGUGAAAGUCCAACGUGAUGGCGAGAUCGAUGCUGUUGCAAUGACCGGCACCACACGCGUGCAAUUCCAUCGACUCCACGUGCAAGACGUGGACAUUGAGAUGGUGCAGCGCGAACACGACGUCCCGUUCGAGUUCGAGGCCAAGUAACCACUGACAUGCCAAUGCUAGCUCCCUCAUUCACGAGUUGCAACAACGGUCAAGCACAAUACUAUACCAAACCAUACCUGACCGAUGCGUUCAUGAAGUAGCAGCCACUGCCGACCAGAGAACAGAGCACAGCAUGUAGCAUCCGAACCCAAUAUCACGUGCUCUUCAUCAC